GCUGCGUUGUCGUGUCGUCCAAUUGUUGUAGUGUUACGGAACAGCACUAAUUCCCAUUGCUGCUGGUCAUUCUGUUGGCACUGAUCUAAGUCGCUGACGUUCGACAAAGUGCAGAGAGCAUCGUUCUUUCGACUAGUACUCGUGGCGGCGAGUUUCUUGACCAAAAUUUUCUCCCACAAAAGCCGUCAGCACAGCAGAAGGUAUCGGAUUGCAAAACCUGCUCUUAUUAGUACCCUAACUUGUCACCCUGCAUCGGUCAGUUUGCUAGUCGACAUCAGCUGGAGCGGUAACAUUUUAUUCCUUCACCUAUAUGAAAUACAGGGGAGAGUCAAGAAAGCAGAGAAAUCAACAAAAAAGUAACAAGGAACAACAAUAACAAGAUCAACAACAGCGUGUGUUUUUGUGCGUGUCUUGUGGAUUGCAGCUACGCGUUGAUCUGCAGAUGUGUGUAAUCGGUUUACUCAAAUGCUUAUGAUGAGUAUGCUAAUCGAUGUGUGUGAAGUGAAUGCUUAAAUGUCACGAGUCAUCAUGAGGUUGGCACGCUCAAUUGCAAUGGUGUUUGCCUUUGAAUUGAGGUGUUGUCGAGGUAUGUUCAAGUGUUAGGGCAUCGUAUAUAAACAAAGAGAAUAACCCGAGAAAACGAAGAAACAAAAGGAUCGAAGACUAGGGAAGAUAUCAUUUGGUGUGUGCUUAGUGCAUCUGCUGAUAUCUAAUGUGUCCUGGUGAAUUAAGGGACACAGUAAGAUGACGAUAAUAAUGAUAGUGGUGAUUGUGGACGGAUAUGAGCAUCAGUUGCACAUAGUGGACGAUGCCUUGUAGAGUGUGGCCAGGAUAGAGCGGGGCCACCGUGCACUGUCCAGAACCACUUCUGGACACCUGCUGGCUUCUUCAUCUCACGAGGACGGGGUUAGAAGCCUCGUGGUGAAGUCGUUAUGGAGGAUUUUAACUUUUCAACAACAGCGGCCCCGAGGCGAAGAAAAAUGAAAGCGCUAGCCCCUGGUGUACUUCUACUUCUCAUCAUAAAAGUGAACGUGGCCUGGUCGAUGUAUCCAGUGGAAAGGGGGCCGACGUUUGUACUAGAGCCACCAUCCUCAAUGGAGUUUUCCUCCGAUACGGGGGCCGUCGUGCCUUGUAGCGCUCAGGGUCAACCUAGCCCUCAAGUACGAUGGGAGAAACGCGAUGGUACUCCAGCAGGGCCCAUUGCCGGAGUGCGGGACAUCCGGCCAGACGGCUCGCUGCUCUUUCACCAGUUUAAAGUGACACAGUUCCGGCCCGACGUGCACGCCACAGCUUAUCGUUGUGUUGCCUACAAUCACGUAGGCCUCAUCAAGAGUCGUCUCGUACAGAUCAAAGGAGUUGUGGCUCACCAAUUUACCGCAUCCGUGUUCGACGCGUACGCUGUGCGGGGUAAUUCAGCUCUUUUACGGUGUCACGUGGCUACCAAUGUCCGCGAAUUCGUUAGGGUGUCUUCGUGGACGCGACAGGAUGGAGUGACAGUCGGCACUCUCGGCGACACAGGGUUAGAUAAGCGGUACGUGAUGUUAUCCUCAGGGGAACUACUUAUCCGAUUGGCAAAACCGGCGGAUUCGGCGCACUCCUUCAAAUGUACCUUACACAACGUAUUGACAGGACAAAGCACCGUUAGUCAAAAUGGUGGCAAAAUCAUUGUUACAGAGGCAAAUGGGGUGAUUCCAGUGAAGAUUACAGAAUAUCGGAGCAGUGUACACGUUGAGGAGGGUGACAGAGCGUACUUACCUUGUAUCAGCCAAGGGCAUCCAACACCGACAUCAAACUGGUACCGCACUGAUAGCACAGGUGCCCUCAGUCCCGUAUUGCCAUCGGACCGUUUUCAACUUCUCGAAGGUGUACUGAUAAUAUCGUCUUCGUCACCCAGUGAUUCGGGCCGGUACGUCUGCAUGGUCAACAACUCCGCGGGCGAAGAACGUGCCCAGAGCGACCUCUACGUUACUGUUCCGCUGAUAGCGCGUGUCGAGCCCAAUAUCCAAGUAGUGGACGUUGGCCGGACAGCAAACAUGUCAUGCCGCAUUAGCGGACAACCGGUCCACUCUGUUGUCUGGACAAAGGACGGCCAACCGCUCAGUAAAAGCCCACGCUUCAACCUGCUUACCACCGAUAUUUUGCAAGUGCUCGAAAUUUCACCGGUGCAUCGUCAGGACCGUGGAAUGUACCAAUGCCAAGUGGCUAACGCCAAAGAUUCCGCACAGGGAACUGCCCAACUCAUUAUCGGAGAGGAUGCACCCGUAUUGGAGCACGCUUUCCGCGAGCUGACUCUUAAACCGGGCAGUAUGGCAUCGUUGAAAUGCUCAGCCUCUGGAAACCCCCUACCCCAAAUUACGUGGACAUUGGAUGGGCAGCCUGUACCAGAAGUCUAUCACAUUCGAAUCGGUGAUUACGUCUCUGGAGAACGAUCUGUUCACAGCUACGUUAACAUAACUGCCGUACGCGUGGAAGAUGGGGGCGUUUAUACGUGCGCAGCCCGAAACGGUGUUGGUCGCGCUGAGCAUUCGGCAAGGUUGCAAGUGCAUGGUAAACCGCAUAUUCGUGCAAUGGCGCCGGUCACUGCACUUGCCGGACGAACCGUGCACGUGCAUUGUCCUGCUGCUGGAUACCCCCUUAAGAGCAUUCAUUGGAUUAGAGAUAACCGUACAUUGCCCCAGAAUCAUCGUCAAAAAACGUUUGACAAUGGGACACUGGUAAUAGCUGAUGUAGAACGGCGGACUGACGACGGCCAGUAUACCUGUGUCGUCACUGGAGAUCACAAUGUCGUCGUCUCAAAGCAGCUCAAGCUAACCGUUAUGAUUCCGCCAAUAGUAAACCCAUUUACUUUCCCUGAAGACCUCACUCAAGGCAAGCGCGCCGGAGCGGCGUGCAUUGUAUCUGACGGCGAUUUGCCCAUCCGAAUCGCGUGGCUAAAAGAUGGCCAGCCCUUACCAUCCAGUCUAAAAGCGUCUAUUAGCGCGGCUAAUGAUUAUACCUCGUUUCUCUCAUUUACUUCUGUGGAUCAGCUACACUCGGGCAAUUAUACUUGUGUAGCCACCAACCCGGCAGCAGCUUCGAAUUAUACCGCACCUAUGGUCGUACAAGUACCCCCAAGGUGGCUAACGGAGCCUCUGGAUCGACAUGCCAUCGUUGGAGAGCCGAUCGUCUUCGACUGUCAAGCGUCAGGUCACCCGCUACCAGUUAUUCGUUGGAAAAAGCAACAAAAGAGCGAUUUCGCUGUGAUUAUUAGCAACGCUAACAUUCAGAUUCUCGAGAAUGGAUCGCUAUCAAUACGAGAGGUUUCGCGAGAAGACGCAGGCCCCUACAUGUGUCAGGCCGUAAAUGGAGUGGGACCAGGCAUCUCUAAGGUCAUCAAUCUUGAUGUGCAUGUGGCGGCCCAUUUCGAACGAAAGUUCCAGGCGCUCACUGUGCGGCGUGGUGAUAGCUUCCAGCUAAAUUGCCGAGCCAUUGGAGAGCCACCGCUUGUUGUGACAUGGACUAGGGAUCGGCAACCUUUCAGUCCUAAUCUUGAACCUCGAUAUGUAGUGCAGGAGCUGAAUACAAAGGAAGUUCUUGAAUACAAAAUACACGUAGCGACCGCUGAGCGAAGGGAUUCAUCGCUUUUCAGCUGUUAUGCCGAGAACGCCUUCGGAAGGGACGACACCAACUUUCAGGUGGUGGUCCAGGAACCUCCUGAAAAACCACGGGAAGUAGACGUAGCUUCAGUAAGCAGCCGUUCAGCUACGUUAACAUGGCAACAUCCAUACAGUGGCAACAGCCCCAUCAUCCGAUAUAUUCUUGAGUUCAAAAAAUCCAAAGCGAGUUGGGAAAUUGCGCAGGCGAGUACGGUUGAGACGGCGGAACCGCGCGUAGUCGUCACUUCGCUUCGACCAAAAAGCGAAUACGAGAUUCGACUGAAGGCCGAAAAUGCGCUUGGCAUGAGCGAACCCAGUCAGGCGGUCACUGUGACAACGGAUGAAGAAGCCCCAAAUUCGGUACCACGCAACAUAAAGAUCAGUCCAAUAGGAUCCUCGAGCCUACACGUUAUUUGGGACGCACCUGAAAGCGGCGAUGAUGGUCCAGCAAGUGUGCAGGGCUAUUACGUGGGCUAUAAAGCGUCGGGUAAAGGUGGCGAGUCGUUUGCGUACAAAACGCUUGACGUGUCCGAACUUCCAUCGGGACAGCCGCUUGAGACAAAUAUCCGUGAACUCAAGAAAAGCACCAAAUAUGUAGUGGUCGUACAAGCUUUCAAUAGUAAAGGUGCCGGACCAGUGUCCGAUGAAGUGUUAGCGCAAACACUCGAAAUUGAUCCGCCCCCAGCCGCCAAUCUAAAGCUGGUGUCUUCUACGUCUUCAUCGGUUCAUCUAGCCUGGAAUAUUGCCCGUGAGCAACCGAUUAACGGGUACACUGUAUUUUAUCGUGACACAAGUGGCAGCGGAGGUCCAUGGCAGGAAAACUUCCUUCCUGCCGAAAAGGCUUCGCAUAUCGUACGAGGCCUUUCUUGUGGCCGGCCAUAUGUUUUCUAUGUAGUCGCCCAUAACGGGGCCGGAAAGGGGCCUCACAGCAACCAUGUGCAAACUAAAACCGAUGGCGCAACUCCAGUGGCACCGACAUCAAUACGGGAGUUUCUAUCGUCGAACACUACAUGCAUCUCGGUCGAUUUGUCCUCAUGGAAAAGUGGCGGCUGUCCUAUCUCCACGUUCGUCCUUCACUACCGGUUGGAAGGAGACUCCGACUGGACUAACCCGGGAUCUAGAGCUUUUGAUGCCUCAUCCAGCUCAACGACUCAGCACCCAGUGACCCUGUGCUCACUUGCGCACGCCACGUGGUACACUCUGUUAGUUGCUGCCCACAACGAGGCGGGUGCUACGGAAACCGAGUAUCCAUUCUCAACACUUACUCUACAAGGAGGGACAAUUCCACCUCCGCAUUCAACGAGGGAUAGAUCGCCUCCAUAUGGAUCAGUGACGUCUUUAAUACUGCCAUUCAUUGUCAGCCUUGUUCUUCUAGUGACGGCAGCUGUAGGAGCAUGCUUUUGGUUCGGACGGAUGAGAGGAUCAAGGGGGUGCCACCCUAGGGACCAGGGUGACAGCUCCAAAUGUUUGCAGCAUUGCAAUCAGGAUACUCUUCCGAUGGCGGUUUGGGAAAAGAUGGAAGCAAACAAGCAUGCUUCGAUGCAGUAUAUGCAGAGUCCGUGCCACGGUCAGGGGACUAUUCGCCGAGCGCCUGGCGACGCAAGCAGGGGUUUCUAUGGAGGAGAUACUCUGGGCCCCGGGGGCGUUGGAAUAGGCAUCCCAAGAGAGUGGCGAGGCGAUGAACACACUUACGACGUGCCCUUUCACCGGCAGCAGAUGCCUGGUCACCACCAGGGUACACUACACCAUGGUGUGACGAUGCACCACCAAAACCAGGCUGGCCAAGGCCAGUACCAAAUGGCCGGGCAACUGCCGGCGCAAAAUAGCAAUCAACUUAAUCACGUUUGUGAUACUGCCGAGGUGGUGUUGAUUGGAGGAAAUGGUGAGGAACUCCGGCAUCCCGCAUACCUCUAUUCCAAGCCAAAAAGGAAAUCCUCAGGUGGCGGCUGGGGCUCACCUUCACUAGGGGGAUCCCUAGGAGGCUCGUUACUAAUCGGCGGUGCCGAGGGAGGAUCAGGAUCGCCCUCGCAGACAACCCCCAGUUCAUCACCGUACCAUGAGACCGCCGCUCGCAGGGAGCAACCACACACGCACACGCUCUCUAGAAGAUGGCAUUGAGAGGGCGUUCGUGGCUUGGCCCAAAGACCAACGAGUAAGAGGCAUUCUUCUCUGGGGACGUGCCGGGGCCAGGACAAGACAGCAUGGGUACCCAAAGAAGGAGAAGGCGAAAGAGAAAGCCUGACACGCAAAUUAAUUGUGCCUUCUGUGGAUCCACUUCGACCGCUCGUAUUCGAACUGUUGUGGGGCCCCGAAGCAGUGAGGGACAGCCGUCAUUAGUGGAAAUGCGACUGCCUGCCAGCCUCAGUCCGUCAAUUGAAUGGCUGCAGCACCUGCUCUGGUCUGGAAUAGUUCUAAUACAAUUGUUCUCCAAUUUUCUAUGUGUGUUGCAGGUUCUCCUCGGAAAUGCUCGACAUGGACGAACCGUCCUAAGCGUACGAAGAUGGUCAUAGGUUUCCAUAUAUUGUAAUAUAUAUAUAAUAAUUUAAUAGGUUUAAUAUAAAUAGAUGAAAAAAAGGAUGCGACGCGAGGAGAUGCAAAAAAAAUGAAAGGUUACAAAAGAAAUAAACAAUACGGGCGAUACAAGAAGCGAAAUCGGCGAUAAGGGCGAUAAAAAGUCAGAAAUAUGUUAAAUAAAAAAGAAAUAACUUGAACACUUUAGACAUUACAACAAAGCAAACUAUGUCGAUUGGUAAACUGUAGGUGAAUCAGCCCAGCAGAAACACGACAACAAAUGACAGGACGAACGUACGCAAUGCACUAGAUAAAUCCACAUAAUGACAGCGUCAACGAAGCUAUAGCAGUGAAAGUUCUACCUAUUAUUGUCUGUAGCACCCAUAAUACCAAACGUUUGCCGAUUCUCAUCUGAGCAGUGAAGGAAGCGAAUGAUCGAGUGAAUUACUAUAGAUUGUUAUAAACAGAGAAAGACACGUAGAAAUAAAAACAUUUAUUAGUCUUUGGACAAAGGUGAUCGUGGCCUAUACUAUGUGAUUUCUCACCACGACGCAAACGGCCCAAGCUUGUCGCCCUGGCAAGGUCCUCCAUAAGGAACGGUCCUUAUGACUGUGGUUCGCUUGUAAUCGAUUGACAUGGUAAGUGAGUAUAAGACUUAAUGAUGGAUUAAAGUAUGCGACACACGUGAGGUAUCCACUAGUUAUGUACAGCUAUAAAUGAAGCAUGAUGACGAAGCUCACAGAGUCGAAAAAGAAGAGGGAAACCCCGUUAAGCAUCAAUUACGCUGAGCGGUACACUUGUAUGAAAGUCUGAAAAAGAAGAAGAUGCUAGUUAAGCCGACCGAUAAGAACUGACUCGACGAGGACGAAGCGCUGAAUCUUAAUCACUGGAAAUCGACGCAUAUAUGUACUUGAUUCUAAAAACCACUGUGGGGUAUGCUCUAUGGAUUAUUGAGGAGACGGGCUGGAGAUGGAGGGUAGUGUCGAUAAUAAUUGGAUCAGAAAGAUAAGAUGUUGCGCUCCUAUUUGUGUAAAAAAGCAUUUGUACCUGAGCGCCGUUCGGUCGUUACACAAGCCUUUAACUACAAAGUGGUUACUGUGCAAUAUUUGUUAAGAAACUAACGAAUGGUGAACGUGGUAUGAGAUGUAUAGUCAUCUACCGGAAAUGUCAAUAAACAAAUAAACGUUUUUUCUAUACAUACGUUAUUACGUGUUGUACUCUAAAGAAUUUUUCCGAUCAGCUUCGAUCGAAGAGGUGACAGUGCCUGCUUCGUGCUGAAGCAGCCAAUACAUAUAGUUGCAGUAAUACGGCUCAUAGCAAUGGGUGUUCUCUAUACGAUCUAAUUUAGACGCCACAUUGUGUAGCUAAAUAUUUCGUCUAGUUACGAGGAUCGAGCCUUGAGCGCACUGCUUAGAUACUACCAGAGAAAUUGUGCGAUUUAUUGGAUUUGAUCAGCAUCGUAUCCGUCUUAGCCUAGUAGGCUCUCAGUCGGUGCUAUAGAUAUAGCUAGAAGAGAUUAUCUCCUAGGUUAGGUUACAAUGUAUCAGUGCGCCAUUCAAAACGUUCCUUGUGCA